GCUGAACAGAAAGUGGCUGCAAACCAGACACGAGGCAACUGAGUGGACAAAGGAGGCUGGUGUUCGGCGCCGAGCUGGAGGCGAGCAGAGCCUGAUCCUAUUGGUUUCUACGGAGGCUGUGCGCGCUAUAAAAGCUGCCUUCGCGUGUGCGAGCGCAGCGUCUUGGAGAGGACUGUGCCUUCAGCCGGAGCAGAGCGCACCACACAUCAUCGGACCCACACGAAGACACGCGCAGCGCAGCCAUGAGUGAGACAAAAGCCAGAUGUUAGUGGGUGCUGGUGAGGUUUUUGACCAGUGGAAGAGGGGCAUCCAACACAGUGAAACCUCUGCCAGCUGUUGUCCGAGACAAGCAUCUGGAGCAACAACUGGAAGCAGCAAACCAUCUGCUGGCCAAGGACCUCAAGGUCAACCAAAGGUUCCAUCUAAACAUGAGAAGAAGAACAACGUGCCGGAGGACUUCGACAUCGACAUGAAGGACCCCGAGACGGAGAAGGCUGCCGUCGCCAUCCAGUCGCAGUUUAGGAAAUUCCAGAAAAAGAAGCAGGAUGUGCCGUCGUAGAGCGAGCGCCGUCUCCUGCGUCCUCACAUGAUUUAGGGCCUGGUCUUGCAUGUCAACCAAAACUGCACUGUCAUGAACUGAGAUGGGAGAGUGGUGGGUGGGACUUCUGAAGGUGGGGUGGGGUGGGGGUUGUAAACAGCAUCUUUGUGAAAGUCUGUGCAUUAUUUAUAACUUAAAAUGACUAUUAUAUAAGACAAUGAUACACGAUCAAAUUCUGGGUGUAUGUAUUUAAAUCUUUCCUAUAAUUUCUGUAUCAUUUUCCAGUUUUUUACUUGGGUCACACUGAAUAUCGGUGUUUCCUAUGGCACACAGUGUAAUAUAACCAUGGAAACAGAACAAACGGAAAUGUCAUAAACAGUCAGUUAUUCUCCUGAAUUCAGGGAUAAUUUAAAGCCAGGUGCAUUUCAGUGAUUGACCCUUCAACUCAGCUCCUGAUUUCAUCUUGGUAAAACAUCAUAAGCAAAAUAUGUUGGGCUUCACUAGAGUUUCCCUCUGGCUGGUAAAAUCCUCUUGUUUCCACACUGUGUGAUUGAUGCUUUUAAAAUGUGUCUCUGAUUCGGCGACAUGGGUGAGCUCCUCUCCAUCAGGUUCCCCUGACGUCAUAAACGUCACCGGCGUGUGUGACUCUAGAUGUUUGUGCUCGUGGUUUCAAUCCUAUUGUGUUUCUGUCCUUGUUUGUGUUCCAGUGUAAUUUAAUCAAUAUCAUUGUUCAAUUGGCUCACACGGUUACUGUAUACUGUACAAGCACACACACACACACGUAUGCAUGCAAGCUUGCACACACGCACACACACACACACCCACACACACAUACAGAUUCUCUAAUAAAGAGUUGUAAAGGAGUGCAAGUUGA